AAAGUGAUUUCAGCACAAAAUGCAAAACCCUAAACCCCUGUCAAUGGCCACGUUUAAAUGAAGAAAACAAAAUUGAAAUAAAAAUUGCAUUCCAUUUCCACCUAAUUGGAAUCCAUUUACUCCAGAAGAAUGAGGCCUACCAUGAUGCUCAGGGCUCUGAACAAGCAGUUUAUCGGAAUCUUCGGUGAUGCAGCAAACGUCGGUGUUAAGAAGCCGCCGCCACCGCCUCCUACUCCGGUGUCGCGAAAACCGGCGUUCGUGGAUGCAUUCCUAUACAAAAUGAAGAAGAACCGAGCUCUUCUGGCAAACAAGACCAUUUGGUCGCGGAGAUCCACUAUCUUGCCGGAAUUCGUUGAUUCCACCGUCAAGAUUUACAACGGGAAAACCACCGUACGGUGUAAGAUCACUGAGGGAAAAGUGGGUCAUAAAUUUGGAGAGUUUGCUCUCACCAGGAAACGCAAAACCAGAGAACAAUCCAUUGCCAAAAAUGUUAAACAAAUCAAGAAAAAAAAGUGAUUUUUUUUUAUAAUUUUUCUUUUUUGGGGAUAUUUUAUUUUCUGCAGUUAUUUUCUUCGAUGUGGUUGUUUCUUAGGCUCUCUAGAAUGUUGUUGAAGAUCUAACAGUUUUUUCGGGUAAAGAGUAGGGUUUUCUAUUCUAUCUUAAGUAUUUAACUUCAGCAUUGGCAAUAAGGAUUUCAUGAAAUUUUGACAAUGAUUACUGUUGAAUCAAG